AUGAUGCCUGAUGACCCAGGCCGAAAUAGACUGUUCCCGGACUGUCGAGUAUUUCCUUGUCUUUGCCGCCAUCAACCUCAUUAUUCGUUGACAUUGCCAUUCACCAUGUCUAAAACUACAAUCAACCCGCGCUCGAUCCAAAGUCGCCUCACGCACAUCCUUAAUCACUGGCCCUCCGAUGCUGUUCGCCCAGCUUCGGUCUCCGUCCAAACAUACAUUCAAUCCCGUCUCCAAUCAGCCAGCAAGUCCAGCCCAGAGAUCUCCGAAACCUCCACCAAGGCCCUAGAAGCCUUACUGGGCAAUCGUUUCGCGGCCAAAUAUCCUCUCCCGCAGAAGCUGCGCCGGCCAGCCAGCAAUCCAGAGCACUACGAUAAUGUUGUCCGCGAGUUUGCAGAGGCCCCGAACCGCGACUGGUUCGGACGUUUAAAGAAGAGAAUGGCUGGUAUCAUCCGCUUGACCUAG